CUCUCUCUUUGUCAGCAGCAGGGACAGCUUCCUAUCUGUGAAUCACUCCACCAGUCAAGACAAGUCUGUGGAUACGUAACCAUCCCUCUGUUCCUGGAACUGAGUUUGACGCUGAAGUUGGACUGAGCAGACCAAGGAUGAAGGUCAUACCAACAGCCCUUUCUUUUCUUCUGUUAAUCCAAACAGUCACUGAGGGAGUUAAAGCGAGUGGAAAUACUACAGCUCCUGUUGGGGAGGUUCAGCAGACUAAUGAAGUGAAUGUGCCGCCAGUGGUGAAGUCAACUUUUCACAUGCAUUUACAAGGCAAUGAGUUUGAGGAUACAUGUGAAAUCAUACCAUUUAAUUCAAGCACUCUCCAUACAUGUAACUACAACACAAGCAGCCCGCUGAUGAUCAUCAUUCAUGGCUGGUCGAUAAACGGACUUAUGGAAGAGUGGAUAUUCAGCAUGGCUUCAGCCCUCAAGACAAAACUGGAGCAUGUGAAUGUACUGAUCAGUGACUGGAGACCCUUAGCCCUACAGCCUUAUUCAGUCGCAGUCAAGAACAGCAGGCAAGUGGGCUUCGAUGUGGCGACUCUGCUGCAGUGGCUGGAGGAGACCACCCAGCUCUCCAUGGAUAAGGUUCACCUGAUCGGUUACAGCGUAGGAGCACAUGUGGCUGGGUUUGCAGGAAGUCAGUUUAAAGGAGCCAGAAAGUUGGGCCGGAUAACAGGUCUGGAUCCUGCAGGCCCCAUUUUUCAGAAAGUGAAUGCCAGUGAAAAACUGUCUCCUGAUGAUGCCAAGUUUGUGGACGCCAUCCACACGUUUUCCAAGACUGGCAUCGGGCUGGUGGUGGGAAUCUCGCAGAAUGUGGGCCAUAUUGAUUUCUAUCCAAAUGGGGGAUCAGUGCAGCCUGGAUGUCAGAUGACGUUCAUAUACCCAGGUUUACCAAAGACCAUAAAAUGUGCUCACCAGCGAGCUGUCCACCUCUUCACCGACUCCCUGUUGCACACGGAUCAACAGAUGACAGCCUACCAAUGUCGAGACAGUGCUGCGUUUGACAGAGGUCUCUGUCUGGACUGCAAAAAGAAUCGCUGUAAUACUCUGGGCUACAAUGUUAGAAGGGUCCACAACAAAAACAAAAAAGGCUUCUAUCUGAAAACUGGUUCCCAAACACCAUUUAAAGUGUACCACUAUCAGAUCAAAGUCCUGUUGCUCAACCUGAUUGAGCCUGUUAAAGUCUACGCCUCCAUUUCUAUUACUGGAACCAAUGGCAAGAGCACCUACAGGCCUGUUACUUUGACCCAAGAACAUGUUGAAAAUACAACAUACUCGUCCCUGGUUGCGGUGGGAUCAGAGUUGGGCAAACUGCAAGCUUUGAGGCUGCGCUGGGAGAAAGAGGGGACUAUAACCAGUUGGUGGAGAUGUGUCACAAGCAUGUGCGGGAAGGACACAGAACUCAGAGUGGCAAGGAUACGGCUCAAAUACGGGGAGAGCCAGGAAAAGACAUGGUUCUGUGGUCAAGGAGGAGACAUUGUACAUCUUAAACCCUCAGAAGAGCAAGAGUUUGUUCAUUGUCAACACAAGAACAAGAAUCAGUGACUUGGACAUGCUAUUAGGAAGCUGCUGAAAAAUAAAAGUAAAUGUGAAAGCCGGUGAUUCCAAAGUAUCAAAAGAAAUAUUUGUUACACGUUUUCAAUUGAGCCUUUUUAUUAAUGCAUUUCAAGUACUCCAAAAAAUUACAUCUCUUUGCACAAUACGUUUUGAAAUGUUAAGUAAAAAUGUUCAAAGUGAACAAAAAUUUAGGUACUGUAUAAAACACAGUUAACAUUAACAGACAGUAGUUUUUUUUUCCUAGCUUUUGUGAUCUUUCGGCCUAUAUCACCUACAACGUUUUGACUCACUUCGGACAUUUUCAGUGCACAUUUUUUUUUCUAUAAAGAUUCACCAAGACUACACAAAUAAAAAAAGCAAAACAAAACCCAAAAUAAAAAAAUAAAAGAGAUGUGAGAUACAGGCAGGUCUUUCCCCCUCUAUCCACUUCACACCACAGGCUAAACAGACUGAGAAAAAAAAAGCCUAUGCACUUCAUCGCAUUGAAAUAUUUUGAUCAUUGACUGCCAUGAAGAGAAAAUAACUUUCUAUAAGCACAAAUUCUGAUAAAAAUAACGAUGACAAAACAAAACAAAACAAAA